AUGGACAAUACCAACAGGCGUGCAUGCUCCAAAGCCUUGGCCAAGGUAGAGAAGGACGCCAACCUACCGAAGGUUUCGUCUCCGGACCUCUCUGCGAUGGUCCUCCAGCCCCACAUCGCAUCGGCCAUUGUUGACUACGUUUACCAAUCAUACAACCUUCCUUUGAUUGUCUAUAAGCCCGCAGAUUUGUGUACGCUAAAGUCGAGAACUCGCACCCUCGGCCGUAUCCUUCAGGUCUGCAAGGCAUUUUACCACCCAGCAACGAGACACCUCUACUCGUCUCUGAGCGUGGAUCUUGCCGGCGGCGAGGACCCGCGCUCAAACUCCCUACUGGAGCCAUUGACAGACACUGGAAACAAGACUACUCUCCUGCUGUUCACCAAACAUCUCCGCAUCGGCAGACACACUGCGAAGGAAUGCGGGGCUUUCACUUCGUCUGGAGGUUCCAUCACCCUUCCAAACCUGCAGACGCUUGUUAUCGAUACGACCCAGACGUGUGAUGAGGUGGACUCCUGCUAUGCAAACGUUUGUGGGCUCACCAGCAAGCUCAAGCCUACCGACAAACUCCUCCUUGUGGCCGACGCUGAGGCUUUCAGCCCGGCAGAAUGGCCAAUUUCAGACUUGACCAACGCAAUCGCCCGUCUCUCCACGGCCGUGUCGACAGUUGAAGUGCAGCUUGGAUUAGCAGGCGUCCUGUGGCUUCCCAAAUUACUCGGCGUCAAAUACGGACCAUCAGUCACCAAGCUCGUGUUUGUGGUGGAAACCGACGGACCCUCAGACUAUGCGCACUUUAUACGGUGUGCUGAAGACGACGCUUUCCAACAGGCGUCCCGGUGUCUCCUCGCCAGGCUGAGGGACCCGAACAACCAGGUCCAGUUCAUCACGGUUGUCAUUCGCCUGUCGGGUACUGGUACUGGUACUGGGCCAUCUGCCGACUGGUUCUUGCUCAAGACUCAAGUUUACAAGUUGAUAUGGGCCGGCGCCUUGAGUGAGUUCAGCAUGGGGACUAGGUCGCGCAUGGUUCUCGACAUGUAG